AUGGGAAAUUUGUUAGAAGGAAUGAAAGAGAACAAUACAUUGGAAGUGAUAAUGGACGAUUUGCAAAACAUGGAAUUUCCUACAAUACCUUCAGCUAUUUCUAAUUUUCAAAAACGGCUUAAUGAGGCUGUCGAAGUAAACCGAAGUUUAGCAGUAUCUCCCAUUGAGCCUUCUAGUGAAGCUGAAUUAUCAGAAGAAAGAUCAAAUUUAUCAUCUAGUUAA